GUUAUCAGACCCAAAGGUGUUAUCUGCAGGUCUUAUCUCUCAGCGCAUUUUAUAUAUCCUUGAUCAAAAUGCAUAUAUACCACCGUUUCGCUUUCCCUUUGACAACCAACCAAUGUCUGAAGUCCCGGAAAAAAACAGCCCUGUGGCUAGCAAGUCCAACUACCUCUUCACCGAGGAGGUGGUGUCCGAGAAAGAGCAGCUAACCGAGGUCCACCGUGGUCUCAAGAGCAGACACGUCCAACUGAUCGCGCUCGGAGGAGCUAUCGGAACAGGUAUUUUUGUCGGUACCGGGUCGACGCUGUCGUCGUGCGGACCCGCAGGCCUGUUGGUCGGCUACCUGAUCUUGUCCUUCUUCGUCUGGUGCAUUAUGAACCAGCUCGGCGAAAUGGUGUCGUAUAUCCCCGUUUCCGGCCAGUCCACCAUGCACGCUCUGUGUGAGCGCUACACGGGCAACAAGUCGUUUGCGUUUGCUGCCGGCGUGAACCUCUAUUACGCCCAGGCGCUGAUUGCGCCUUCCGAAAUGACUGCCGCCGCUUUUGUGAUCCAGUACUGGACCGAUGCCAACGUGGCCAUCUUUAUUUCUAUCUUCUGGGUCUCGUGUGUGGCGCUCAAUUUCUGCGCGGUGAAAUUCUUCGGCGAGGUCGAGUUCUGGAUCUCCUCCAUCAAGAUCAUCACCAUCGUUGGUCUUAUCAUUGUUGGAAUUAUCAUCUUCUUCGGCGGAGCACCUGCAUCUGACGGUGUGCUCGGCUUCCACUACUGGAAACACCCAGGAGCCUUUGUUGAGCACCUUGUCCCAGGAAACACCGGCAAAUUCCUUGCGUGCUGGACCGGAAUCGUCAAGAGUGCGUUUGCUUUCGUUCUCAGCCCGGAGCUCAUCACCGCCUGUGCUGCCGAGGCUGAGGCCCCAAGAUCGAAUCUGCCAAAAGCCUGCAAGAGAUUCAUCUACAGGCUCGCCUUCUUCUAUAUCGUGGGUGUCAUCGUUGUCGGAGUGAUUGUUGGCUCGAACGACCCUCGGCUCAUGGACGCCGUCAACUCGGGAGCCAGCACUGCUGCCGGCUCGCCAUACGUGAUCGGAAUCCAGAACGCCGGUAUCAAGGUGCUCAACCACAUCGUCAAUGCCGCCAUCCUCACUUCGGCAUACUCGUGCGGUAACUCGCAAUUUUUCGCCGCCACCAGAAGCUUGCACUCGAUGGCCUGCAACGGAGAAGUGCCGGCCAUUUUUGCCCGCUGCACCAGAAACGGUGUGCCAAUCUACUCGGUCGCCCUUACAGGAGCCAUUGCCUUGCUCGCUUUCCUCAACUGCUCCAACUCGUCCGCCAAGGUGUUCACCUGGCUCACCAACAUCUGCACGAUUUCCGGCUUCAUCUCGUGGAUUUUCGUGUCGCUCACAUACCUCCGUUUCAGAAAGGCGAUUUCGUACCACGGCCUCGACGACAGAAUCGUGUUCAGACCACCGUUACAAAAAGCGGGUGCCUACCUGAGCGCCGGCUUCUUUAUUGUCAUCACCAUCACCAAUGGUUACGGUGUGUUUUUCGAUUUCAAUGUUGCCGACUUUUUCGCCGCAUACAUCACGCUGCCUAUUGUGUUUGCCCUCUAUGUGGGACAUAUGCUGUGGUUCAGAAACUUCCACCUCUUCGCUCCACCGGAGGAGAUCGACUGUAUUUCUGGUCUUGAGCAGAUCGAGAAGGAGGCCGCCGAAUACGUGCCGCCAAAGCCAAAGAACUUUGUGGAGAGAAUCUGGUUCUAUAUCGCGUAAAUAUGUUAUCUUCAAUUUACGGCAGUUGCCGCGACUAUUUUCUGUGCAUAUGAUUAUGUAAUGUUGCGUCUUGAGCCAACUCAAGCACAACUAGGUCGUCCCAGCUAGUGGCGGUCUCUGCCGCACUGGAUUCAAUCUCAAACUCUUCAAAGGCAAACUUUUCGGUGCGAUGCCUUGCCCAGUAUUUGAGCGUGCCCAAUUCGGCCAGCCUGACCAGGUCCUUGGCCUCGUCUCUGGUGUACAUCGUUUUUAACCGGACAGUGAGAUUUUCAAAUCUGAGGUCAAUUGGCAUGAUAGUCCGUGGUUGGGACAGGUCGCCCUCGGUGACAAAUCUACUCUUGUAGGCCAAAAAUUUGAGCCAUGGUAGCAGCUAGAUGCUUCGGUGUAGACAGCUCAAGCCGGUGAUCUAUAAUUGCGGGCCGAAGGGCUUUCGCUAAACGUAUGUGACAGCUCGGGCCAAGGACUCCCUAAGAGGCCGCCGUAAUGGACAGGAGACAAGCUAGACUCGGCAAUGUCUCUGGCUAUUCCGCUAGCGUCGCGAGUUAAAUAAUCAACCAAUUUUUCAAUAACUUGUGCCCCACGCAAAGCUGGUCGCAUUAGCUGCGAAAACGAGGUCAGCGCGGCCACAAGCUGUCGUGCCACCCCAAC